CCCCGCGUCACCGCCCCCGCCCCCAAUCCCUACCCCGUCCGUCGCCACCACGUGAGGCAGGCAGGCCUGCAGGCGGCUGUCUUCGGCGGUUCGGCCCUCCAGCCUCCACCGCGCGGUCGCGCCCCUGCCUGGCCGCCCUCCAUUCCACGUCCUUCGUCGCCGCAUAGCUUCAUCCUCGAGCCGCAUAGCUCCGCGAGUUCGCCAAUCGCUGGCCCGCGCCUCGUCCUCCCCCAGUCAGCCUGUCCGUCGAGCCCCGCCUCCUCCACCGGCCUCCUCCGCCCGAGAGCCAGAGAUGGACAUUGAUUUUGAAGGGUCUGACACCGGCGACGGCAAGAGUGACCAUGCGACUCGGACGCCGACUCCAAGCCCAUCGCCGGAGCCAUCUGACGUCAGAAGAAAUGAGGUCUUCACCCCGAUCCCGAGUACAUCGCUGACACAUAGCCCUUCGCUGGACCAACGUGCACCUUCGUCCGUCUUCCCCCGGCCGCCGGUGCCACUGCCACCAUCGGGGUCAGGCAAGCGCUUGGGCUAUCUCCUUGGGGUUCAUCCCAGCUCGGGCAAGGUGCAAGGCAGCGGCUCCAGCACGUCAACUCCACUGUGUUUGCAACCUGCCGCCGUGGUGGCCGGGGCCAGACCAAAGAAGCGUCCCAGCUCACUUGGUGGCGCAAGCGACGCCAAGAACAGCAACAAGAGGGGCAAGGCUACAUGUACAAGUGGCAAAAUAGUCAAUGAACAUAGGAGCCGCCUCACCUCUCUUAUGCUUGAAACAUUGAUGUGCUCUCAAGAUUGGCUUAGGAACAAAUUAAAAGGUAAGCAAAUAAUGCAUUUACUUAACACUUCUCAUCACUUUCAUGGUACUAAUAGUUGUAUUUAUUCAUGUAUAAAUUUCUGGACUUGUCUUCAAGACAUCCAAGAAGGAAAUCAGGUUAGUAUUUAUGCUUCAAAUAAGACCGUUGUGAGCCUAUUUAGUAAUUACAUACGCAUGUCCUGCAAUUUAUGCUUCACUAGGACUUGGCUGAUUGAGUUGGAGUCUUUGGAGCUGGGUUGUUGCAAGCUGCCGAAGAAUCUGCCCAUUGAAUUUAAUCUACUAUUGUGUUUGGUGUGCUAAGCAGUAAAAAGAACUGUUGUUGUUUGCUGUGAGCCCAAGGUGUCAUGGAUUUGAACUUUUAUUUUGAAGUCCCUUUAUGUUUUGAGGUCCUUUUCGUAAUGUAUGAACAAGAAGUGCUAUGUUGUUGUGUAAUCUGUGAUAUUUGGCUACUUAUGUUGCUGAAUCCUGCUAUUUGUGCUGUUGUUAACAUGCUGUUUAUGCUGCUA